AUGAAUCCAGUGGACUAUGGGCGAUUUCAUCACUCUAGUGGAUCCGGUACUUCCACUAGGGGAGGUCVGAGUGGGAGUCAGUCGCAUAUCCCCGACACUMKYGGUUUGGAUCCCMCACACCCGUCUCCUCCUAUGGGUACAKCGCCCUCAGCUCCCACGGCCAUGAGCAUUGAGGAGUUUGUUUCGCAACCSGGACGSGAUAGGUUGCCUCGCCUAGAUCMUGACUUGGCACCUAACACGACUUGGUUUCAAUAUUCGGGAAACGGGAUUACGAGUUCUAUCAACGCAAUGAUCAAUAGCUUGAUAACUAAACCGUAUCCCACAUACAGUUCGAUGCCGGUGGCAGAUCAGGAGACCUGGUUUCGGCAAUUUGCGCAAGAAUUUACUUGGGACCCACAGUUGACUGCCAUGGUCCGACGGCAGUUCAACAAAAAGGUCGUUCGAAAGUACUCGUGGAAGAUGAACGAGUGGAAGGACAUGUGGUUCAAAGAAGGAAAGGUGCCUCGGGUUAUGCAAAUUAACCCAACAUUAUGGGCUGUACUACUUGCCCAUUGGGAACGGGAAGACACUCAAGCGAACUCCGGAAAGAACUCGACUAAYCGGAAGAGCGAGCGGAAGGGGAAGGGACCGGCGACCCAUAACCUCGGAGCAACGAGCAAAGCGUCACGUGCUGAAAAAUUGUUUGAGAAGAUCGGUGUGCUUCCGUCACAUCUUGAUUUGAUGAGAGAUGCGCACACCAACAGACAGACUGGUGAAAUUCAAGAUGCACUUGCUCGUGAAAUCGUGGAAAACGUGGAGAGGCUCGGUGAGCAGUACCUCCAAUCCCAACCGAUCGUCGAAGGAACUCCGCCGGCCAACGAAGUUCCUUACGAGAAGAUCAACGAGUUCACCUAUGAGGUUACGCCUAAGAACAAAGRUCGUGUGUUUGGYCUCCCGGAAGACAGUUCCUCCACAUCCGUKAAUUCAUACCGCUUUCACGCAGAUAGUAGGUUGAGGGCACAGAACGUYGAGCUUCUCGAGCGCAUGAGCGUGAUGGAGGCACAACGCGCAGAAGAUGCAGAACGCAUUCGGGCAAUGGAAGAACAGAUGACCGCCAUGCGGGCAAUGGACGAACAGAUGAACGCCAUGCGGGCAAUGGAAGAAAGGAUGAACGAGUUCUUCCGUAACCAUUCCCAGUAG